AUGCUUUUUCUCCCGUCCGUCUUGGUUUCGCAGCCUGUCCUCUCUUCGUUUCAGCCUCUCCGCUCUCUUCCGCCCCUGCGAGAGGCCUGUUCUCGCCCGUAUUCGCCUCUUCUUUCGUUUUUCCUCGUCGUUCUGCCUGCAGCCUUGGCACACCCCUCCUCAUCUUUCUCGUUUUCCUCCACACUUGGUCGGAUCGAGGCGAAAGUGGAGCUUUUCGCUCACUUCUCCAGGGCUUCGCUCGCUUUCCAGGAAGUCGGACUGCAGGGGCUGACUAUCGACGACAGCGAGAAGAUCCCACUUUUCCCGACAUCCUUCGUCGCGCGUGAUCGUGCUCUCAGCAACGAUGGAUGGCGGCACAAGAUGGAAGCGGAAGAAGCUCCUCUAAACUGUACGCGGGGCACUCGUGCGGACCCGUGGCCUUCCAGGUCUCACGAAGACCUCAUUGGUUCUCAUCCAAAUGAACCAGCUGUCGCACACGGUGCUGUGUUUGCGCGACGUGAGGCGCGGGCGUCUGCGGUUGUAGAGACACGCAGUUCCAGAGAUCCAGCGAGAGGGGGAUCCCACGAGAGUCUCGAAGAAAGGCAAAGCUCGACUCGUGUAGUUGUGCAGCGCGCGCCGAAUCCUGAGGGAAGCCCGAGGCUCCAAGAGGAUCUGAAGAAAGAGAAGGGCGAGGCGAAUGCAACGCGCCAGCACCCGGGCGACAGACGACCCCAAGAUGAAAGAAAAGAAAUCAUGGAAGGGGGUAAGAGAAAUGGAGGUUGCGAGGCGAGCGACAAGAGACGUGAAGGAGCGCCGAACGACAGCAGGGGCGACCGUGAGGAAGACGCGCGUAGAGACCGCACCAGUGCAGCGCCGCUCAGUGCGCGCCUACUGCCUCCCACGCAAGCCCCUAAAGAUGAACUCGAGACGCGAGAGGAAUCGAGACCUGCCUCCGCCGCGCGGCUGAGAGAAAGGCGUCGCGCUGCCAAAGAGGGCGGAGGAUGGCGCAGAGAAGAUGGCGCGCUGGCGAGAGAGCUGAGCGUCGCAGAUGCAGCAGACCGCGGAGAAGAGGCGCGCCGCGCUUCUCGCAGUGUGUCGGUGAGCGGCGGCGAGCGAGACUCCAGAGGAAAUACCAACCGAACGGCAGCAGAAGAGAUUGAGACACGCUUAGAAGAAGGGGAAGAAGAGACGAAGGCGAACGCAAACGACCGCCAGGAGAGCCUGGAGAAGCGGCCGAGUCCGCGUCGCACGCUGGGAGACGCCAAACAAGCAGAGGAGGGGAGAGAGACAGGGAUGAAAGUUGGCGGCGCCUGGCCUUCUGAAGCAGCUGGCGACGCAGGUGAGCCUCAGGAUUCGCCGGUGAAGCGUACGAGUGGGGCGAACGACCCCGAGGCGCGGGUGGGCGGCCGAAGCGAAGCCGGAGACGCGGAGCCGCCAGAGAAGCCGGAACACACAAACACGCCGACGUCAGAUCCUUCUCCUUCACUCCCCGGCGCACACACCAAACGCGGAAAAGCAGACAAAUCGCACGCACUCCGCAGCGUGAGCUCGCCGCUGAGAGGCGACGAAGAGACAGGCGUGGAGGACGGAGACUUGCUGGAGGCUGAAGUGGCGGAAGGAAGCACGCGAAACGCGGAGGCAGGAGAUCCACGGCACGCUCCUCCUCCUGAAUUCGGCGAUGGAGGAGACAACGAGGCGGAGGGUUCCCUUGGCUUUGUCUGCUUCGCUCUGGGGGCGGGCGCAGUCUUUUCUGCCUCCUCGUGGCUUCUCAGCAAGCAGCGAGAGACGAUGCGGCAAGAAAGAUUGUCUGUCCUCGUUAUUAAAUUCCCCGCAGUGCCUAGUGUCUCGUGGAUUCACUACCGCAUCACGCGUGCGGCUCUGCAUCUAAAUGCAAGUCCUCUCGUCGAGCUGUAUGGAUGCGAGUACAAAAUGCUGAACGCGGCGGCAUUCAGAGAUACCGCGGAUGAAGAGGCGUCGGCGCAAAAGGCAGAGACGGCAAAUCAUAAACGCAAAGGGCACCGGGAGUUGUGCCCACCUGUAGAAUAUGCAUAA